AAAAAAAUGUGUUGCGCAGUCAUUACACAUCAUAGCCAAAUUACAUAAGUAAAUUACACUUUCAAAUUGAUUUGUUUACAUUCCUGACGAGAAUUAGUCACUUUUUAAAAUUCACACUCCAGUGUCGCGUGACUGUAAUAUGCCAAUAUUAAGAGCUGGAAUGUCCUCUAGCCUACCAAAUCUCAACCAUGAUGGAGAAUAUCCAACGCCAGCGGCUCCUCCGAACUCACCAUGGUCGUAUUCGAGUAUUCAGAAGAAGCUUCCCAUUAAACGUUUUGCAUUUGAUGGCAUCGCAAGGCGCAUAUCCUGGGACUCAUGUAUGGAGGGCCCCGGUUGUAAUCCAACACCCAUACGUCGAUGCUCAUGUAAAGUAGAGACACCUGUGACGAGGAGUCUUCACGAACAACCAAAUUCAGCUGAGAAGCAAAGAAAAGGACUGGAGAGCGUGAAUGGUAAUGUUCAGCGGAAAGAUGAUCAUCCACUAUCGGUAAGAUAAAAAUGAUCACUUGUAUUACUUGCCUUAUUUCAUGAUUUUGAAUCGUGUGAAUGUGAAUGUUCGAG